AUGAGCAGGGUGGACAAGGAGCGGGACGCGCUGUUGCUCCCCGCGCUGGACAAGGCGGCGGGCGGUGUCCAAUGGAGCAGCGUGGCGCGGCUCAUGAACAUGGUCCGGGAGGCCAACAGCAUCUCCAAGCACUUGCGCUACUCCCUGAAGGCGCGCCUCACGUGUGGGGAGGAGCCCCGUGUGCUCAACACUCUGACGGUGCUGCAUACGAUUUCGUUGAAUGGCUCUUUGGAAGUGCGGAAGCAGCUGUCCGACACCAAACACCUCAAGCUGCUGGAGAAGGUGUACAUGUCUUUCUCAACUGGCCUUGCUGCUGCUGCAGUGUGUCAAAUGCUUGUGGACUGGACGUUCAUGUUCAGUAAUGAGGAAUUGGGGCAAAAGAGUGCCCGGUUGAUGAAGCAUUUGAGGUCAAAGGGUGCCCCUGCAUUGCGGGCCACACAGAUCGCCACAGAGCGUCGGGAAGAAAUUAUGCUGGGUGUGCCCAUCUUGAGAUUUGUGCAUGGCAUGGACUUUGGGACACCACACUCGCAGCCUGCAGCUGAUGUCCACACAGGUGGUUCCCAUGGUUCUCAAACUGGAGGCGGUGAUGCUGCACCCACGAAGGAGUCCAAGCUGUCAAAGUUGAAGAGACUGUUUUCCAGGGCUCCCUCCACACCUGCUCCAAAAACACAAGUGACUCCCUCACUGCAGCAGCCACGUAAUAAUCGCUGGGGAAACAAGCAGAAGGACAAGACACCGGCCUGGGUGGAUGAAAUGCUGAACAGGAUGCCAGUUGAUGCCAGUGACUUGAUGGAAAUUGUGGGUAGUAUUCGCACCCUGAAGGAGAAUGGUGGUUCAGAAGCAGAUGUUUCUGGUAUGAUGGUGGCAACCGAGCCCCUUGCAAAGAAGGUUACCACCUGGCACGACUGGGCUCAGGAGCUGGUGGCAUCGCAAAUGGACAGUAUUGCAGCCGACAUGAUGACAGGCACCAGGCAGGCCUCAUCAAAACAUGCAAACAUCACCCUUGAAAGCAGCAAGCUCACAAGGCUGCUGGAGGCGAACGACGAAGUCCAGCGUGUGGUUGUCGCCUGGAAGCGGCUGCAGCAAGAGGUGGCUGGCCAGCCCAUCCAAGCAAACCUCGAUCCAAUUCGCACUGGAGGUCCUCAGAAUUUCGUCAGGCGCUCUUCAUCUGUUGCAGCUCCCAACUCUUAUCGUGAGAAAGUCCCAGACGGGUCUCCAAAUUCGUUCUCUGCAGUCGAAACCAUGCAUCGCCGACUGGAGGUUGCUAAUAACAUCACACCCCGCAUGCCUGACAUACCUACAGGUGGUGAGCUGUGCUACGACCUGCAGUCUGGGGACUGUGGCGAUGUGGGUGUCACCCCCAAGCCUGUAUGUGCAGACAGGUCACCCCUUGGGGAUUGCUACGCAGGGGUGACUCCUUUCAGGGUUGACCUGGACACGCCAACCUUGGCUGAGGCUGAAGAGAGUUACAUGCCUGAGGGGGAGAAACGAUCGAGGUUCCGUGACGCCAGCCAGUUGGAUUCCUCUGUGGCGAGGCCUGGCUCCGAGUGGAGGACGGUGGAAGAGAAUGUGAGGGAAAUGUCGUCUAAAGCGACCAAGUCCUUCCCCAGAUCUUCUGAGGGGCAAAUGACGGCACAGGCAAACAUAAGGGGCGGCUCUGAUGGCUUUCACAGCUUUUCGGAGCCACAAUCGCAGUCUCCCACGCUCAGCGGAAGGAGGCCUGCCCAGGAAGGGCAUGCCAGGAUGUCAAACUACGCCACAGCAUCUGCGAGUGUGGACCAGAGGAGGAGUGAGGGUGCACACAAGAAUCGUGAGAACAACCCCUUCUGCAGGAGUUCUGCAACAGAAUGCUUGCACGAUGGAUAUGAUCACUCUGACGGUGUUCAGUCCGAAGUGGUGCAGCCUGUGCAAGGCGUUGUGACUCCAGUGGUGUCCCCAUUUCAGCGGUCGUCCAUGAGCAACAUGAACCCUCCGAUGGUGCCCAUCGAGGUCAAGCGAAGGAGGUCCCUCCAGCCUGCAGAGAAGCCCACCACCACCCAAAGGAGGACAUCAACGGCAGUGGAGCCCUCCCUGGCUGUCCGGGCUGUCAUGGACAACUGGAACGACCCAACGAGGCUGUGCGAGCUGUCAUCUUCCUAUGCUGGAAUUAGUCUGGAGGACCCCAAGCCGGUGAAUCUUAGUGAUGGGAGGGACGAUGAUGUCAUUGCGAGGGUUGGGUUGUCGUCAGUCGCCAGCAGACGCCCUGUCCCUGACGCACGUGGCAGGGAGCAGGAAUCUGUUGCUAGGGCCAGUCGUAAGGCUGAGGCUAGGGUGCACCCUAGGUCCACAAGGGCGUCGAGAAGUGCAGGCAGGCAUGAGCAGCACACCUCCUUGGCGAGCAAGUACAGAAGGCAUCCUUUUGGCAACCUUGCAGCAGAAAGCCAGGGCAGCCCGGAUGUCAAGGACGAAGCACAAGCCAGGACUCCUGCUCCCAGGGCGCCGGGUCGCCCUCAGCACCCGCCGAAGGAACAGUCCAUGGCGUCAAGGAGAAAGCAGGGCACCAGGACGGAUGACAGGAAGAGGCACACCCAGCAGUCGCACAGGGCGCACAAGGGCACGCCCAGAGCAAAGGCACGCAGCGGCCGGCAUUCCGUCCCGCUAAGCCCAGACCGCAAAGUUCUGAGCGUGCUAGAAAAUAAGAUGCUGCUUCGGAGCGGUGCUGCACCGCCCAAGAUCGUCAGGGCGUCGCUGGAUGCCCUGCGGGAGCAGCGCGGCCACAGGAUUCCUGCUUUGCGGGUCCGCUUCACCCAGGAGCACUUGCGGGACGUGCUGCAUAAGAUGUCGGAGAAGCCUGGGCGGAAGCUUGCAUUGUCUGAAAGGGGCCCCCGGUGA